GCCCCUCCCCCUUGCACUAAGUCUGCACAAAGUGUCCCACCAUAGGCACUGAGUUCCAAAAAGCCUGCUUAUGCACCAGGCAUGGAUCCCGAUCCUACUGCCUUGGGGGCCCCUAGCCAGUUCAAGUUAAGCAACUGUCUCGCCUAUCCAGAGGGCUUAGUCCAGUCCCAUGGGGGCUCUUCAGCUAUCAGUCCACAGUUCAUGUGUUUCCACUAGUUUGGCUAGUUGUCUCUGUACUUUAUCCCAUCAUGAUCUCAAUGCCCCUUGCUUAUAGAGCUUGGCCCAAUCAGACAUGGAUCUCUGCAUCUGCUUCCAUCAGUUACGGGAUGGAGGCUCUAUGAUGACAGUUAGGGUAUUCACUGUUCUGAUUACUGGAGUAGGCCAGUUCAGGCACCCUCUGGACUAUUGCUAAUAGUCUAAGAUGCGGUCAUCCUUGUGGAUUCCUGAGAACUUCCCUAGCAACCUGUUUCUCUCUAGUCCAAUGAUGUCUUCAUUCAUCAUGGUAUCUCUUUCCUUGCUCUCCCACUCUGUCCUUUUUCCAGCUCAAACCUCCCCAUUCCCUUAUGUUCUCAUCCUCCAUUCCUUGCCCUCCAUUACCCCAUCUCACCCCAGUUUGCUCAUGUAGAUCUCAUCUAUUUCUCCUUCGCUUGGCUAUCUAUGUGUCUCUCUUGGCGUCUUCAUUGUUAGCUAGCUUCUCUGGAGCUGUGGGUUGUAAUCUGGUUAUCCUUUGCUUUACAUCUAGUAUCCACUUGUGAGUGAAUACAUACCAUGUUUAUGCUUCUGAGUCUGGGUUAUCUCAGGAUAUUUUUUAUAUUUUUAUACACAUUCCCAUAAGCAAUUGCAUGAUACAUUUCCAUACAGGCCUACACUGUACUUGAUCAUAUUCCCCUGCACUAUGUCCGUCCCCCACCAUAUCUUUGUGACUGAUCCUGUGACUUUUACACAAGCCUAGCCCUCUCCUUCCUCAUGAGCAGGAGAGACAAAGUAGAUCCUGUUUCUGUUUGUGGACCUGCCUUGUCUCCUGUAAAACUCUAUCUAGUUGAGCUACUUUCCUUAGAACACAACAGUUCUCUAGCCACUGUGCUGAGUGUGGAUUCUUCCCACAGUCUCCUUAUGUGCUAUGCUGUUGUUCCAUUUGUUACAAAUGUUACUUCUGUCAUUGGGACUGUGAACAAAGGGCUCUUUAGUGUGUUGCUGAGAUGGAGGUGAAGUAUCAGGGACUCUGAUGAAUGAUCUUCACAUCUAUGUUCAUCAAGGAAAGGAGCUCACACUCGCUCCUUUUAUUGAGCUUGCUUGGUUGUGGGAUCAGGCUAACACUGGCACAGGGAUGAGUUUGGAUGUGUUCUUAGCUUUCUCUUUCUUGAAUUAUUUUCUAUAACCCUGGUCUUCAUUCUUCUGCAAAGCUUCGAAUGAUUCAAGGAAUCCAUGAAAUCUGGGCUCUGCCUUGUUUGGAGCUGUUUUUGUCGCCAGUCCAAACUGGUUGCUUAUGACUUAUGUGUUUAAAUGUUUUUUAUUUUGUCUUAACUCAAUAUUCAUACAUGUCUAGGAAUUCCUUUCAUAUUUUAAAAUUUUCUGGAGUUUAAAAGCUGUAACAUCCCUGAAAGAGCUUCUGGACUGUAGUUGUAUCAGUUACAACAUCAACUUUUCUAUAGUGUAAUUUUAUCUGAGCUCUCUUGAUCAGCUUUGUGAAGGGGUUUGCAUUGUGGCACAUCCUUGCACAGAAGCAGCUCAUUCUUUCAGGAAUCUCAGGAUUUUUCUUUGCAUGCCAACUUUACUUCUACCAAAUCUGAUCUUUCCUAUGAUUCCUCAUCCGCUGUCUUGGGUUUUGGUUCUUCUAGUACUUUUAUAUCCUUGAAGAGCAUCAUUAGAUUGUUUGGGAUAUAUCAGAUUUCAUAACAGAGAAUCCCAAGAUAUGUCCUCCCCUUCUAAAACUGCAUUAAACUUUUUCUUUUAGCAUUGUGUGGGUCUGAAAUUUCCCACAAGAUAAAGUGGUUGAAAUUGAGCAGAACACCAUGGACAGCCAAAUAGAAGAGGAAAUUCUUGAAAAGGAUUUCAGGAUGUUAACAUCUCUAUGGUGUGGUUCAUUCAGGGGGGCGAAUCUGGCCUGCCACCUUCCCACACAUACACAAGUGGCUGUCAAGGUUCUUGAGAAAAACACCAACAGUGUGGCUGACAUCAGCACUCAAGUGAACAUCCUUCAGUCUCUGGAACACAGGAACAUCGUUCGACUUUUUGACAUGAUCGACACACUGUCAACCACUUACGUGAUUAUGGAGUAUGUGGCAGGAGAAGAUCUGGAGAGCUGCCUCAGGGCACUGGGCUGUCUAAAGGAGGAGGAGGCUAGAGGGAUUUUCCGGCAGGUGGUGUCAGCGGUUCACUUCCUCCACCAGAGACACAUCGCACACCGUGAUAUUAAAUUGGAAAACAUCCUAGUCGAUGCAGCAGGAAAUGCAAAGCUUUGUGACUUUGGGAUGGCGAUUGAAAUCACAGAGGGGCAGAUGUUGCAGGAGAUCUGUGGCUCCUUGCUCUAUUGGGCCCCAGAGAUCUUGGCAAGAAAACCCUAUGAUGGACUGGCAGGUGAUAUGUGGAGCUUGGGUAUCGUUCUAUAUGUCCUGGUCACAGAGCACUUUCCAUACAUGGAAGAAACCCUUGAUGGUAUGCACAGGGUCAUCACCACCACAAUGUGUCCCAUUCCCUACCAUCUGUCAAAACCCUGUCACAUCAUCAUUGCCCAACUACUCACGGUCCCCACCUGGUACCAAUAUACAAUCUCUCAGCUUGUGGAACGAUCAUGGCUGGGCCCCAUUCAAGAAAAUGUACUGCCUGCCACCAAAGAAAUCCUGCCCAGGGUCGUGGAGAUUAUGUGCACCAUCGGCUAUACCUGUGAGGAGAUUGUGUCAUCCCUAACUCACAGGCGAGAAGAUAAUCAUGUAAUGGCUACGUGCAACAUUCUCAAAUAUCAGCUGAGUUGUGGGGACAGCCAUCUUCAAGAUCAGAUGCCCUGGCUAACUAGCAGCCCUGCAGGUCCUGUUUGCCUCCCUCUCCCCUUGACCAGGAGAGCCAGUGAACCAGCGUUUACAACCAGUACACAAGCUGGCAAGAUUCACUUUAAGGAGGAGGGUGUGGAAGAAAGACACAAAAGAUGUAGAAGCUACACCAUGCCCCACACAUACUCCCUCCCGGACGAUCUGCCCUGUUCAGACAACACAGUCCCAGAAAGAGAUGCUCUUAUGGCUGAAGUCAUCAACACUGCUACAGAGGACAUUGCAGUCAACAGGAAUUCUGUUGUCUUGGAUGAAACACCCACAGGAUUUCUGAACCUGGACUUCUCUGAAGAAGAUUCAUCCCAAGAGUCAGACAUUCCCAGUGACCAGCCCCAGGUGGCACCCACAACAUCUGGAUCCAGGCCAUUCAGGGUCUGGAAACUGGUGAGGAAGCAAAUUUCCCAGGCCCUGAGAGCACUGUGCUGCUGCUGCUGCUGCAGCUGCUGCUGCUGCCUGCCCACCCCAAGUGUGGAAACUGAAAUGAACCAAUAGAAUUCCAGACCUGGUGAGGAGUGAGUGCCACAGAAGUGAGUCAGAACUGAUCUCCAGAUUGCCAGCUCCUUCCAAUCCAGGGCAACAGGCUCCUGCCUCCAGCGAUUGGGUCUGAGCUGCCAUUCUGCAUCUUUUUGAGCUUAAUCCAGCUUCAGAACUGUUGUGGAACAAUGCGGGGUCGUAAGGCACAUGGACCCCAAGACCCUCUCCCUUCCUAGCUUUGGUUGUGCUUGUAGGACCACUCACACUGCAUGGAAAACAGCAGCCUCUACCAUCGGGAAUGAUGAUUAUACCAAUCUCAGCUGCUCAUCAUCUUGGUCACUUUAACCCUCAACUUACUCUGUGACUGCCUUUUGGAAAGAACAGCAAGACCUGUGUAAGUCCUCUGGAGAAUGGAGGUGGGUGAAGGAAAUAAUGGGGACGAAUUGAAAAACAGUUUCGAGACAGGAACAUGGGACAUGAGAGUUGGUGUAAACUAAGGAGUAGAGUCUGUUCUGAGGAACUUCCUGUCAACAAAGUAGCAUGAAAGAGAUGUGUGUGCUGAGCUGCCACAGGGGCCGUGCACAGUCUACAGCAGGAACGAACCUGCCCUGAAGUGCAGAGUGGGAGGGAGCUAGGGACAGCCAGCAAUGAGGAGGAGAGGGCCUGCUCCGAUGGUUCCUAUCAUGUGUCAAGGCACACAGGUAGGAUGUUUUCUUGUAAAUAACAUCCUGUUCUUUCCUACAGAUCUGGGGUGUAGCAGGAGAAAAGUGCAGCACUAUUGGUCAGUAGAUUCCCGUCCUCCUCAGUGCUGAGUAAGUCCUGUCUGUUAAAGUCACUAAGAGAGGCACUUUCCUUAUUCUUUUGGGUUUUAUUGGGGAAAGUGAAAUGGUCUACUUGAACUACAGUCUUGGUGUGGUGUGGUGCAGCAGGAAGGAUCCAGGCUGGAACUCUGUGUCCUGUGUGAUGACACGUUAGGGCUACAGGUUCCAGUAUCCAUCCUCCAGGUGUAGGGUCUCAGCUGCCAUCUUCCCCAUCCUUCACCUCACUGCUGCCCCUGCACUGUUGUUGAACAUCACUAAGUAGUCACGUGUAGCAUCGACCCAAUGAAUGUCUACAUCCCUCAUGGUUCCUGUAGAACCAGGGUUCCCCGGCAUCUACAAGGGCUGCCUCUGUCAACAGGAAAGACUGGGACACGGGUCUCAGGCUUCCCUCAUCUUUGAUCACUUCAUCACCUCCAAACUGCUUUCUGACAGUCUUUUAGAAGAUGCAGGAACUGUAAAUCCAGUGGGAGACAGAGGGAUGGAGAUAAGGGGUGAAACAGGGGAAAGGAGGUGGAGAGGAUGAAGAGGAAAUGAGAGGACCUGGAGAGAGGGUAGAGUCUGUCCAGAAGAGCUUACCUGCAAUGAGUGGAGAAAAGGAGGUUUUGCUGGGUUAAGGGUCUGAAAAAGUGAGUCCAGGAACAAAUGUCUCAAACAGAGCAGAGUGUGACCUUGGGUGUAUUGCCAGCCUUGAGGAGGAAUGGACCCUGUUCUGAUGGUUCCUGGCAUACGUCAAUGUAGUGAAGUAUGAGGCUGCUUUGGAAAGGGACUUCCAUUCUGGGCUACUGAAGAAGGGUCUGGCAGAAGAGAAGGGUGGCUCGAUCCUGCAGUGGAGUCCUCUCCUGCUCCUGUCUGACAUGUCCUUUGGCAGAUCUGAUGACAUCUAUGUCUUUGUCUCCAUAGCCUUCUCCAUUCAGGCUUCCGAUGUUCCCCCCCCCCCCCACCUGCUGAUCCAAGAAACUUGCAUCAUUUUUCCAUCUCAUGGAGGGAUUUAUAACUGACAUUGACCUUACAUUAACAUUGUUCUGUCCCAGUGUGGGAAGGUAAGUAGGCAUUGCCAGGCCGAUCCUGACUGAGUAUGGCCUCUACAAGAACAGCAGCCAUGGGAAUUCCCUAUGACCAAUGCCCACCACUGGGGUCAGUCUGACAAGGAAACCUUGAUCAUCAUGGAUCUCUUGAUGACAGCCCCUGGUGCUGUGUGAAGCACUGGUGAGUGUAGUGUCUGAACUGGUUUCCAGGUCACCUUCCAGGUAGGGAGCAGCUCACUGAUUUACAAGGGGAAAUGAACUCGACAGGGAAUCCAGGGCCCUAAUCUGUGUGAAUCAGGCACCUGAAGGUAAGGUUGAGUACAGUAAGUAUCUGUGUGUGGUAGAAGAUGAGUCUCUGAAGCCUGGUCUUGAUUUCAUGAAGAAAAGGAUCCCAUGAAGUAGCAUGUGCCAGCCUCCCUGUCACAGAGGGAAAGUUAUCACUGACUUGCUCAACCUAACAGCAAUGGGAGACUGAGAGACUGCAGAGGUGUGACAAGGGAGGAACUAUCUUCUCUGUUACAGUUGGCCUGUACAUCUUCAUUCUGACCAUCUGACCCUGGCCUGUUAGCAAACACUGAGGCAAACUAAAUGCUCUUGCCAGAUUUCUUCCCAGUGACUGACAGCCAGCUUGUGCUGUCUCUUACUUCUAGAACCCUGACCAUCUGGUGAGUCCCAUGUGCACAGAAGAUCAGUCAGUUUGUUCAGGAAGAGAGAGAAAUUUUCAGCUUGUGGGUAUCACCUGGUGUCAGGCUGGGUUUCUGCUGCAUAUCAGUGAAGGCAGGGCUGAGAAAUGGUUGAGGAGUCUGUUGAAUUCUAGAUAUGAGAUAGGGAAAUUUCCUGAAUCCUCAUUUGAUAGUUUACUUUUUUUGAGACUGGAUCUCAAUAUAGCCCUGUCUAUCCUGAGACACUCUGUGUAGAACAUGCAGCUCUCAGCCUCACAGAGAUUGACCCCCUCUCUGUCUCCUGAGUGCUGUGAUUACAGAUGUGUUCUCCCAUGUCUAGCUUUAUGUACUGUAUGUAUAGCAUCAAUGGUAAAUUCCUCAAACAUUUGAGGGAAAGGAGACAAGUUCUGUGCUUCUUUCAUCUCAACAGGGUCAGGAAUUGAACUGAAGGUUCUGUCAUCCAGGAUGGACUACAAACAGCAGCAAAGAACGAAUCUGCCCUUCAGAAUAGAAGUCAAUGUCCACCAGUGAACAGAUACCUGGAGGGAUGAGCUCUCUACAUCAGGAGACACACGGGGGCAAUUUGAGGUGUGGCCUGAGAAAGCAGAAGUUGGAGCUCUGCAGGAAGUCCAGAUGGCAAUGUGCCCACUUCCCCAGCAUGAAGGGUCUCUUUCCAGCACAGGAGGAGGAAAAUGACAGCAAGCUAGAGGAAAAUGGGUACCACUUCAGAUGGAAUGCUGGGACAUUGCUCCACUUUGGAAGUGCCUGGCCAUAUCUUGAAUCAUGGACGCUGAAAAUUCCUGACCUGAGUAUGUGCACACUAAACAUUAGUGACAUGGAGGGAAAAGAGCGCCUCUCCCCUCCCCUUCCUAGCAGACUAGCAUGCACUGUCUGAGCUCCAGAGGAACUCAGAAGCUGCACACAGCAACAGGAGGACAUGCUGUGGAGGACAAUGACAUGGUUUCUCUUCCACCAUCCAACUACAGACAACCACCCCCAAAUUACCAACAAGAUCUGGGCAAUCUACAGAUAACCCAGGAAACCUGCCUGAGCAGGUAAAGAAAUAUCUCAGAAGAGCCUUGGAAAUUAAAUGUGCUUCUCUUUCUGAAUUCAAGAAUGGAUCUCCAGAGAAGGGCAGUAUCCAUGGAUCAUCUGUCCCAGGCCUCCAUUAACAAAGAGAGGCAGAACUUGAGGUCAUAUAUUUGGCCCAUUUCUCACUGGUAUUAGGCAGAGACAGUUUUUAAACAAAUUACUGAAGUAUUUAAUUAGAAUUCCAACAUAACUUCGAUAACUUGAAAUUCAGAAUGCUUUGACUCCUUCCUGGAUGAGAGAAAUCCAAAGCUAUAUGAGCUCUCAGGUUCUACCAGUUGUUAUUCUAAAGGGGACAGAUGUUUGCACUUCAUCUAUAGACUCAGCAAAACCCAAUCUGAUGCUCAGUCACAAGAUGUAAAAAGCAAAGGGACUGAAACCUAGAAGACAUGGCAGAGAACAGGAGAGAUCCCUCCAGACCCCGAUCUUCUUCUUCCAGGACUAUACACCAAGCCUCAGAGAUCCAAAGGGAAGUAAUGGAGACUGGAUACAUGGAACAGAACAGAAAGCUCAGAAACACACCCAGUGAGAUCCUGCAGGCUGAUUUUCUCAUAGUCACCCAUGAAAAUCAAGGCAGAGAGAAUGGCUUGUCCACAAAUGACUGCAGAGGAAGAUUUAAAAUCAAACAAUAGGGAACCCUUUGAAAAACUGAACACAGCCACCAUUUCAGCUGACACCAAAUCCAAACACUGUAAUGUUCACAUAAACUUAUAGAAGAGGACUACAUGAUUUCCUGCCUUAUAAAAAGGAGAAUCAGAAAUAACCCGGAGAAGAUGAACUGUGGACUCAGGAUGCCUGCUGCCACCAGACAUGAAAUACAGAGGCUGGAGCAUGGCUGGAACAGACACUCCCCAGGACGUCUAGAGAGAGCCUGGCCCCUGACACACCCCGGCAGACAAGAAAUCUCUGACAGUGAAUGUUGUGUGGCUGUGAGGAGGUGGAGGUGUAGUGUGUGCUGUGUGGUGUGAGGAGAGCUGAAACCUAUCCCAUUGUUGGGAUGGAGAUGAGCUCUCCAGCUGAUCUGUUAACAGCACUGUGUGGAUGGUCCAGUCAGCUGGGGAAAGCAGCAGGGCUGACCCCUAGAUACUCACAUGUGUUAUCCAUGCCCCUCCCCUUGUUAACAACGGACAUACAGUGUAAGGACAUGAAGGACGCCCCUCACCCACACUCACCACAGAGUUCUCUAGGUAUUAGGACUAGAUAUUCAACUCCCCUUCUGCUGUCCCACACACAAUGCUAGAUUCUAGACCAUGCUAGACAUGCCUCCAACCACAAUGUACUAAGACCUGGGGAAAGGUAUCAGGCCCUGUUGGACACUUGUCCUCCUGACAAGGACACACAGUUACUGCUUGGUUCAAAGACUCCAGGAAUCUUCCUGCACUGACGUACAACACUAGGUAUAAUGCAGCAUGAGCCACUACAGCCAUGCAUCCUCACUUGCACUACCAGCUGUCAGACAAUGAUAACCAACUUCUACAUCACACACACACACACACACACACACAAAAAAAAAACCCUCUAAUACACUUACUUCAAAGUAUCAGUCAAUCAAUACUUCCCACAAAAUCACACAUUGACUGCUGUGUGUCAGCCCUUACUGAACAAAUGCUCACAAACAACUCCCAUGUAUUCUUAAAUUGGGAUGGAGAAUGUCACUCAUGUAUCCCUUAUUAACAACUCCUUAUCAGGCCAUACUGGAUACUCUCUUGCCACUGUACCCAAACACUCUGCUACUAUUGGACCCCACUUGACACCCUAACAUCACUGAAAUUCCACAUACAUUGCUAGGGUUCAGGCCCUCUUGAAUAGCACACCCCACCACCACAAUCUACAGUGUUAGUAUCAGGGCCCCCAGGAUACCACAUUCCAUCAACCCAUAUAUCCCUGUUGGAUUUCAGACCUGCUGGGCAUUUGAAACUCUAUGGCAACUCCUACAAGGCUAGCUAACGGCCCUGGAAUGCACACAUCGCCCUGCAGCUGCCUCAUGUGCACUGCUAGGUGUCAGGCUCUGCUGGCUCCCUCAGUGCCACACACACACUCUGAAGUGUCAAGCACAUUUGGACAUCACAUCGUGCACUGCCAACCUACUUCAAAAUGGGUGAUCAGACCCUGAAGGACAUCAGCUCAGCCAUAAGCUGACACACACUCAGUAGGGAUUGUGCAGAGCUUGACACCCCGCUCUUCAACUGCUCCCCUCUGACAUACAGUUAUCAUCAAACACACUGGACACAUCACCACCCCUGUGACCACACAUCCACUCUAGGUACCAGGUCCAGUUUGACUUCAUUCCCCACAUUAAUCGACAGCCAUCAGACCAUUCUGGGAACUUCUCCCCAUGUCAGGUCUUCCACAAUACUUAGAAAUUUGCACAUCUGGACACCCUCCUUCUGCUUAAGACACACCUACACUGCUAGGCAUCAGCUUCUACUGGACUCCUUCCUACGCUAUACCAUGUGCUGGGUCUCAGGUUCUACUGCUGCUUACUGGGUCAUGCUGGACAUUAACCCCUGUCCAAACCACAGUGCAUAUAAAGUGCUGUGUGUCAGGUUCACUUGAACACAGGCUCCAUCACACAUGACAUGCUAGGUAUCAGAGAAGGUUAACACACACCCUUACCCCUGAUAUUUACUACUGGCCCAGUGAACACUGCAAUUUUAAAGGCUCUGCUAACACCUCCAUCACUGACAUAUCAAGUUUCUUGCUGUCAUGCUCUUGCUACCAUUCUGUGCAGAUUUCAGCCAUGUCUAUUGAAGUAUAUUGUAUGCUUGUACAAUAAUUGACUUCAAGCCUUACCCAAAAUAGCACCAUUCUGUUAACAACAUACACUCCCAGACAGGGGCAUGGGUUUAAGCAUGGCUGUUUUAAAAUUAGCAGGGCUUUUGCGGCAUUGGAUGGAUGCAGGAAGAGAAACUUACUAGAUGUGGCCUGUUAUCAUAAUAUCCGGUUCAGGACUGGGGAGUUCUGAGGAUGUAAUACCCAGUAGUGCAUCCAGGCCUCAGGCAGGUGUACAGGAAAGUGUACAGUGUGUUUCAGGCUAUAUGGCAGGGGUAGGAGUGUCCACCAGGGCAGUGGUACAUCGGUGGGUUUGGAAGCAGGCCUGGGGGGCAGUAACUAGUAAGGCCUGUUGUGGGGGCAGUUCCUGAUAGUGGGAUGAGUCUCUGUGGGAGGAGGAUGCUCUGCUGUGUGUCUUAUGAACACAACAGUGUAUAUUGAGUGGCAGCAGUUGGGAGCUGUCUAGAUCCAUUAGGACAUGACACUUAGCAGUCUUUGUAGGAUACCAGGGGAGAUUCCAGCCAUGCCUGUUCAAUAGUAAUAUAUGUGGAGCAGUGCUAAAGAUAGAGAUGUUAUAAGGAAAAGUGUGUGUGUGUGUGUGUGUGUGUGUGUGUGUGUGUGUGUGUGUGUGUAUAAUAUAUAUGUGUAUGUGUGUGAGCACUUGUGCUGAACUUGUGGUAAUGGUCAAUGUGACAAUGCUGCAUUGUCAUGGAGAUAGCUGUCUUAGAGAAAAUGAGUCAGUGACUAGGAAAAUAGAACUCCAGAGUCAGUAUAUUAUUAGUGAAGUUGAUCAGAGAAAGUGUCUUCAAGUUAUAGACUUGAGAGAUUUUGGAGAAUAGGGUAGAAAACAAGAAAUGUGGGAGCUGAUGAAUUCAGGUCUGGGGGAGGAAUUUGACUUUAUUUUUACUGUACCAAGAAGCCAAGUUUUCUCUUUGCCAACAACACUAGGUAUCAUCGUCUGUAAGGUGUCCCCACACUUAAAUUGAAACCACCUGCACAUUGCUAGGUGUCAGGUGCUACUGUGAAAAAUGUCUUCUACAGCAGGUGCCAAACACACAUGCCUAGGCGUGAGGUCCUGCUAGGUCAACUGUCCACUAAAGAAAAUGCUCCUCUCAUACAGUUGGGAAGUCUGUCCUCCAAGAGAUCAACAACGCAAUGGCUAAAGCCCCAUGAACAGGGCUGGGUGUCUGGUCUUUCUAAGGAUGCCCUCACCUACAGCCGCAGAAGCCACAAACAGCUUACCACAUAGUAUAACACAAGUGUCAGGGUCUAGUGUUUAUCUCUUCCCUUACACCACAUAGACAUACAUGGUUAGGUCACAUUCCUGAUAGGAAUCACCUCAGCUACAGCAGUACCACACACCCAGAGCUAGGUGUCACAUCCUGGGACCAUACAGUUGCACAGCUACUUUUCUAGUACUGGUAUCCCUCCCCUAUAGUCAAACACCAGGUACACAGUCACACACUCAGCACACAUGCACUCAUGCACUCUCAUCUAGCCAUCACUUCAACAAAGUCUCCCCCAUUCAGACAAAGCCCUAUUUAUACACAACCAUCAAAGUGCUGCCCUUCUGGGUGUCCAUCCCCUGCAGCCAAACACAUACACAGAGAGAGACAGAGAGACAGAGACAAAGACAGGGAGAGACAGAGACAGACAGACAGAGAGAUACAGAGUCUGAGGUCAGGUCCUGCUGUUCCCACUCCACAACAGAUAAAGCUGUCUACUCAGGGCUAGGUGUCUGGUCCUGAUACAUACCUCUUUUCCUAUAUUCACAGUGCAAUACUCUUACACAGCUAGUUUACCAGUGUGCACCCCCUCCCCUAUAAUCAAAUGCUAGGUACAUAGUCACACCCUCAGAAACACACUUAGGCACACAUGCUCCUACAAAUGCCUUCACGAAUUCAAUGCAAUCUCAGCUAGCUCUCAGGUCCUAGAACACAACCACCAUACAAGGAAAGCCCCACAUACACUUCUAGGUGUUAAGUCCUGUGAGGUAGAGGUAUCACCCAUACAACAAACAAACACACAUCUCUAGGUGUUAGGUCCUGUGAGGUGUCCCACAUAGAGCCAAAGCCCUAUUUACACACAGCCAACAAGGUGCUUCUGCUGCUAGGUGUCCAUUACCUACUGCCAAUCUCUCUGUCACCUCUGCUCUCCUCUCCUCUGCUCUCCUCUCCUCUCCUUACUUUCUCUCUCCCUACUCCUCUCUCUGUUUCUGUCUCUCUCUCUCUCUCUCAUACACACACAAAUACACACACAAAAAACACACACAAACACAUGCACACACAAAAUGUAUGUGCAGGCCCUGCAAGGUAAAACCUUACAUCUAGCCCAUCUCUUAUACACAUAUACAACUAUGUGUCUGUUACUUCUAGACAUUUCCUCUACACAGCAAAAGCCCCACAUACACACAUGGGGCUAGAUUUCUACUCCUGCUGGGUACAAUCUUCCUAGGAGGAUCUCAGGAAGAUCUCUAGAAGGGCAUGGUAUCAAGCUCUGUAAGAGAAACAUACAUACAGCCAAAGCUAGACACAGAAAGCUAGUGUCAGAUACUUUUGGUAUCCCUUCCUCUCUCUGUACUUCCAUAUUUUAUACUCACUUCAGAAGUUUGUGAUUCAGAAACAGCUGAUGGAGAUGAUCUCUGGCAUUUGUCUUUCUGGAUCUGGGUUCUCUCAAUCAAUAUCAUCUUGUCCACAACCAUCCAAUACACAGAUGGCUUAAAAACAAAGAGGAUUACUGUGUUGAGUGUCUGAAACUAGGCCUGUGAUUUUGCAGCUGCAUGCAGUUUACAGGACCACUUCAUUAUUAAUGCCUAAUGUGGGAGAUCCAGGUUGACUGUGGGUGCUACUCUGCCUGUAUAUUGUUCCUGAAUCGUGUAUGAAAGCAAACUGAAGAAGCUGUGAAGAGAAAGUCAGGAAAGGGCUGUCCUCUGAGUCUGCUAGAGUUCCUACGAAACCUUCCCUAAUGAUGGACAUUGACCAGGACAUGGGAGACAAAUAAACUCUUUCUACCACAUUGGGUUAUGUCAGGACCUGUCUAUCAACAAUACGAAGUAUACUAGCACAGUAUCCCAGGACUGGCCUCAAUUCAUAAUCCUCCAGACUUCAUCUACUGACUUUAAAAAUGUAAUAUAAACCUAUAUGAACAAAUAGAAGUUUAAGGUUGACUAGAUAUGAGGGAGAAAACAAAUCAAGGUCCAGGACAAUACAAAUCCAUGGGGUGAGGUUAUUUUAAUGAAGUUAAUCAUAGAAUCACUGCACUAUGUGGAACAUGGCUCAUGAGGUCAGAAUACAUGUUAGCACAUCGUGACCAGCACACACAACCAUUGUAAGACACCUAACCUGGCUCAUGAGAUCAGAGAAUGUGGGACAUUCUGAAUCCUGCCCCAGCACACAUCUCAUCUCAGUUCCUGCAUUCUGGUUGGUGAGGUCAGAAGGGAUACCACUCCUAGAUCAUCCAGUAUCAGGAAGUUCUCCCGCCUAAAAACCAGCACUGUGUGUCUCCAACCCUGAGCUCAAGCAGAACACAGAGGAGCCUAGCACUGCCAAACUCGAAACACCAAGGAUCGAUCCAAACACUCCCCGACACAAAGGAAACAGAAACACUCAAGUAACAAACUAAAUCCAGAUGAGCAAGGCCAGUGACAAAAACUGAAAUAACUUGAAAAACCCAGGACAACAUAACUCCUCCCAAAAUGACCAAUCCCAAAGCAGAGAGACUUAACCAACUUCAAGGUUUGGUAACAAGGGAAGCCCAAUGGCAGAUGCAUGGAUCUCCCUGGGAGGGGGAAAUAAAAGAAUAUGUCCUGGGGGCAGGUGAGGAUGGGAGCAUGAGGAUUUGGGUUGGGAGGUGUAUGAAGGGGUACUCUACUGAAAGAGGUGACUGGAAGAGAGGAGCAUAAUGGGGUCAUGUAGAACAUAAUGCAACGGGAACUCCCCAAAAUCUACAAAGAUAAACCCGGCGAAGACAUCUGGUAAUAAAGGAUACACAGCCUGAACUGGCCAUCUCCUGUGAUCAGAUUGUUGGCUACCCUAAUUGUCAUCAGAGAGUCUUCAUUCAAUAACUAAUGGAAAUAGAUGCAGAGACCCACAGCAAAACAUUAAGCCUCUUUGGGUUCAGAUAAUCCUGCUGAAGAGAGGGAGGAAGGAUUGUGGGAGUCAGAGGGGUCAAGAACAUCACAAGAUAACAGAAACAACCAACCUGGCUCAUAGAAACUCACAGAAUAUGAACCACCAACCAGAGAGCCUGCACAGGACUGACUUAGGCCCUCUACAUACUCUGACAUUUGUGUAGCUUGGUCUACUUGUGGGAUUCCUAACAAUGGUAGUGGGGCUGUCUCUCAGGCUCUUGGGAACCUAUUUGUGAGUCCCUGCUGUGCACCACUCUGCUUCUCAACACAUACUGCUAAGUACAAUCCUAAUUGGACAAGUCUUGACUCACAGAAAUGUAGAGGACACUGAAAUGAGAUGAGGUCUGUAGAUGGACAAGAAAACAUGGCUAUAACUCUAGGAAUAUAUUGGUGUCGUUGAGCAGAUACUUUUGCGGGGUGUGGGGUGUGAGCACUUUUGAAGAUCUGGCAGAUCCAGUCCUGGGUGGUGAUUAGGAUAACCCACAUGGCAGGGACCAUGUCAAGGAAGGACUGAUGCUUCAUUGGUGGAAGGAAACUGCCCAUGAGUAAUGCCCUCAAUGUUUAAGGUUUGUAAUAACAUGCAUGUAUUAUGCAUGUCUUUCCUGAUCUCACCCAGCACCUUACUCCCCAGCUUGCCUAUUUCUGGGUCCCCAGGAAAGUUAAACCACACUGAGAGCAAUGGGUUAUGGAAACCACCUGGUGAGACUUAAGGAGGACAGCUCCACAGUGAUGCAAACCCCAGUAAAGCAAUGUGGAAUGCCAUGACCAUUGACCUUCAGCUGUGUCUUGGCCACAGCAUACCUCCCUUCCCACCUUGGUUUUAAAUCAUACUGUAGUCACUCAGUGUCACACGUUAAUGACCAAGAUCUCAUAUAGACAGUAACACCCAAAUGAUGUUGAUCCUCCAGGGAUUGUAAGAAUGAAGUUAAAGACCAAGGCCAAAGGGCAAGUGGCAUGGCACUCAUGACUAUGGGGUCUGUUCAUUGCUGGUUCAUUGCCCACCAGAAAGAGACAGAUGGAAUCCUUACCAUGAGAACUCCAUGGGGAUGAAAGCUCAGCGGAGUGGGGAGAUUGGAUGAAGGUAAAGGUUUCAUAGCAGCCGAUGCCAGGAGCAACUGAGUGGGUAAGAGGCCUUGGGACUUUAUUUCCCACACUAACACACCUUGUACUUUAUACCAGGCAAGUGUUCCCCAAUCACUAAGGAGCAACUGGGGAUCUGUCUUCACCCUCAGGUACCCUGUCCUUUCUGCAGCCAUCACUGAGCCAGUCCUGGACACCUCUCUGGUACCCUGACUCACAUGUAGACACAACUGAAGGUUCUGACUCCACCUUGUAUUGAUGACUUCUCAGGGAUCACAUGGUUCUCUGGGGAAGACAAAGGGUGAACACUACCCAUUUUCAGUUCUGUAUGAGACCGCUACUGGUGUUAUUUUAGGAAGUAGUCUCCUCUGCCAAUGUGUUCAAGACUACUUCCUGCUUUCUCUUCUAUCAAGUUCAGUGUAUCUGGAUUUAUACUGAGGUCUUUGAUCCACGAAGAUUUGAGUUUUGUGCGUGGUGAUAGAGAUGGAUCUAUUUGCAAUCUUCUACAUGUUGGCAUCCAGUUAUGCCAGCACCAUUUGUUGAAGAAUCUUUCUUUUUUCCAUUGUGCAGUUUUGGCUUCUUUGUAAAAAAUCAGUUGUUCAUAGGUGUUUAGAUUAAUGUCAGAAUCUUCAAUUCGAUUCCAUUGGUCCACAUGUCAGUUUUUUUGCCAGUAUCAAACUGUUUUUAUUACUAUAGCUCUAUAGUAGAGCUUGAGGUCAGGGAUGGUGAUGCCUUCAGAGGUUGCUUUAUUGUACAGGAUUGUUUUAGCUCUCCUAGGUUUUUUGUUUUUCCAUAUGAAGUUGAGUAUUGAUUUUUCCAGGUCUGUAAAGAAUUGUGUUGGGAUUUUGAUGGGGAUUGCAUUGAAUCUGUAGAUUGCUUUUGGUAAGAUUGCCAC